CUUUCCCGAGGGGGCCGAUUCGGGGUGAAGAGUGUGAGGCACACAUUGGAAGCGUCAGAGCACAUCCGGUGUCACCAGAGCGGCGCGGCUCCUGAGAGGCAGGCUGAGAAGAGCAGAGGCUCUGUUCCACAGACUCUGGAACCAUGAACAUAUUUGAUCGGAAGAUCAACUUCGAUGCCCUUCUAAAAUUUUCUCAUAUAACUCCCUCAACACAGCAGCACCUGAAGAAGGUCUAUGCCAGUUUUGCCCUGUGUAUGUUUCUGGCAGCUGCUGGAGCCUACGUCCAUGUGGUCACUCAUUUCAUUCAGGCUGGGCUACUGUCUGCCUUGGGCUCCCUGGGGUUGAUGAUUUGGCUGAUGGCAACGCCUCAUAGCCGUGAGACUGAGCAGAAAAGAUUGGGACUUCUCGCUGGAUUUGCUUUCCUUACAGGAGUUGGCCUGGGCCCUGCUCUGGAGCUGUGCAUUGCUAUCAAUCCUAGCAUCCUUCCCACUGCUUUCAUGGGCACAGCAAUGAUCUUCACCUGCUUCACCCUGAGUGCACUCUAUGCCAGGCGCCGGAGCUACCUGUUUCUGGGAGGUAUCUUGAUGUCAGCCAUGAGCCUGAUGGUCUUGUCUUCCCUUGGGAACCUUUUCUUUGGAUCUGUUUGGCUUUUCCAGGCAAACCUGUAUAUGGGACUGGUGGUCAUGUGUGGUUUUGUCCUUUUUGAUACUCAACUCAUUAUUGAAAAAGCUGAACAUGGAGAUAAGGAUUAUAUCUGGCACUGCAUUGAUCUCUUCUUAGAUUUCGUUACUCUCUUCAGAAAACUCAUGAUGAUCCUGGCAAUGAAUGAGAAGGACAAGAAGAAAGAGAAGAAGUGAGAUGACCAUCCAGCCUUUCCCAGUUUGGCUUCUCCCCCUCCGCCCCUCAUUCCCUCUUUGCACACAUUGCAGGUGGCGUGUUCUAUGAUAAUGAAAGGCAUCAGAAAAGCUUUUGUACUUUGUGGUUUUCUCUGUUUUGAAUUUUUUGAUCAAAAAAAUUGAUUAGCAGAAUAUAGUUUGGAGUUUGGCUUCAUAUUCCUGGGGUUCUUCUUCACUCCCAUAUGUCAGCCCAUCUCUAGCCCUUGCUCUGCUCUGGUGGCCAGCCCACCUCCGUGAGGAGUGGGGCCAUCACAGGGAGCAAACUCCAGGAGUCCUCGGCCUCACUGAGCCUCACCCAGUGGACCACAGGCUAUUUGAUAGAGCCACGUCAGCCCAGCCUUCCUCAACGUUACUUGGUUUGCACACAGUUUCUGUGGAACUGGGCAGUGUGUUUUCUGCUGGGAAGAAGUUUGCUGGCCCUGUGGUUAACUCGGGCUCAUAGUUGAGCUGUCAGCCCUACAAAGAAAGCAAAAGAGUCUCUUCGAUGGGUGCUUGCUUCCUCUGAGCUGCUCAAGCUUGCCCGGCAAAUACCCUCUGCCUUGCCAUCACAAAGGGAAUGUGGGCUUGUGUGUAUUCCCUUUCCCACCCUGGCCUGACCCUCAGGGAAUCUGCCUGCUUUCCAUCCAUGGGGUGGGAGGACUUCAGCAGAAAGGGAGUACUGUCUCAUCAGGCAUUUAUGGAAAAGGCUGAGUAUGUAUGGCAAGAUAGACAACACAGAAUACUCAAAUUGACCCUUUUUGUAUUUUUUUGUUGUUUUCUAAAAUUGUUUAUCACCUUAAUUACUGAGUGGCCUCCACCAAGUGGCUGUGACUAAAGGUCUCGAGAGAAAGGAUAAAGAAGGGAAAUGGCCAUAUCUCUGAAUCCUGCCAGACAAACUUAAAAGACCGGGGGUCAGUGGAGGGCAGAUCCCUUUAACUGAGUGGGUCCUUGUGCAGAUCAGUGUAGCAUUUGGGAGGCAGCAUCUUAAGAGCCCUUGGAUGUGUUUUUGUCUGCCCCCACCUGGACACGUAGGGAGUGUCAGGCCAGAGAUUUGGGGCAGCAGAUAAAUGUCCAUUUUACAGAUGCACUUUAAUUUUUGAUCUGCUCACCUGUUCACAGAGAGCUGCAGGUAGGAGCCAGUUGACCAAACCUGUAAGGGCUCCAGUUCCCUGCAGCUUUGUGGUUACAGGUGUGGAUCAGUCCUAAAAGUAAAUCACCAGUUCUUUCCUGUGGGCUACCACGGUCAGCUUAUGUGGAAGGGUGGCAUCAGAAGUAGUCAUGGCCCUGGCUACUCCUGGGUUUUAAUGCAAGGGGGCCAAGCUAUUGAAAAUGCAGUAUCAGCAGGAUGCUAUUUCUGGCUCUUCUUGUUCAGAACCAGUGCACAGUUUGACAUAGUGUGUGCUGGCUGUAGUGUGCUGUGUCACUAAGCCUUCCCAUGAAAUUUGCUAGAGUGGCUCACUUCACUGAGGGUGCUGCACUUUGACUUAGCUGCUGCCUCUAGCCUCUGGCUUAAGAAUUUAAGAAUUUACUAAAUGGAUUUCCUUCCCAUUAAGCCCAUAUUAACAGCUCUCCAUAAAUUUGGUGAUUUUCUGCAAAGGCUAAGAAUCUGAAAUGCAUCUCUUGAAGCCAGACUCCACCUCUUGUGCUUUUUUGCUUGGGAUAAAGGAGUUUUUCUUUUAGAAACAGUGCCAACAAUGACAACAUAUAAAGAAUACUUUAAAAGUAAAUGCCUAACAGGUUUUUAAUACAAGUAUCACUGUAAUUUUCACUUUCUUUUCUAGUUCCUUGUUUUCAGCUCAGGCUGCAUUCUCUAACUCAUACUGUGAAGACAAAGGUGUUUUUGAUUCAAAAAUAUAUGAUAUCUACAUAGUCUUAAUUUGUAAAAAAUAAAGAAAAUUCCUUAACCUUU